AUGGCGGACGCGGCGGUGACAACUGUAAACCUCAAGAAAUUGAAGGUAUUUUCACCUAUCUUUCGCUAAUAGUGGUUGAUCCCGCAGGAGAGAAUGCCUAGUAGGCAAUAUUUUUAAUGUAGGCGAAGAUAGCGGUCAAUCUGACUGAUCGGUUGCAGGUAACAGUGCGAUUCAAGGAAAGCUGUUGUGAAAGUUUAGUCGACGAUAAAAAAACAAAGCAAUGUUUGUUGUACGCAAAAUGAGUUUUGCGGAUGCUUCGGUGAUUUUAACAACUAUUUUCCUGAUGAAGAACGGGUUCAAGCGAGUAUAAAAGUGUAAAUCCUGUCAAGAUCUCUUAUGUACUUGAACAAUUUAUUAACUAAUAUAUUUUCAGGGCAUGAAGCGAUGUCUUCAGUUCAGCGACCUCCCAAUAAAAUAAGUAAUGCAUAAAAUUUGUUGUGGUGUUUAAAGGUAGCUGAGUUAAAGAAAGAGCUUACAGACCGUGGCCUUCCUACAAAAGGCAAUAAAAGUGAUCUACUGGCAAGAUUAGAGAAAUGCCUUUCUGAGCAAGGUGAGACGAUUGCUAUUCUUAAACUGCUGGAUUGCCAAGAGUUAGUGCCUUUUUAUUUCUGAAUAAGAUGUAGCUCAAUCGGGUACUUUAAAAGGGGCCAGAAAAAAAAGAAAAUACAUUGUUUGGCGUGACUUUUAACUAGGAUCGAUCUCAUGAUAGGGGGAUUGUUAUGUUUAUAAAUAAAUGUAUUUGUCAGAUCCUCUUUUUACCUUUUGAAUGGUUAGGUGUGGUUGUAAGCCAAGAUGAGAAUGAAGAGAUCACUGAUGAUCAUGAUGUAGAAGAUGAACUGGACAAUGAUGCUGAUGACCUAGAUGAUGUUGAUGAUGGAGAGGAUGUGUCAGAACAUUUGGUCACAGAGGACUCUGAAGAAGAAGCCAAAGAAAAUAAGGCAACUAAGGUGAGUUGUUUCAAGAAGAAAAAUGUCCAUCAUGCCAGGAAAAUCUGACAACAAAAAAUUUUAGUCCUUGACUAGAGCUGCUACAAUGCCAAUAUCCAGUUACACGUAUCUUGACCUCACACUUGGUCAAAAUAAUAUUAUUAUUUAUAUGGCUGUCUUGACAAGCAAAUUCUGUCUUCUGAUUGGCUACUGGAGCAGACUAUAUGGACCUUGUAUCUUGGUUGCUCAGGAUAACCUUCAUAGUUACGUAUAGUUUCUGCCAAAAAAAUGUUCUCUAGCAAUUUUGUUGCCUUUUUGACAUUGUAACUUAUAAUGUUGUUCUACUAUCCAGGAAACUGUAGAGGUAGAAAAACAAGAAGAACCUUCUCGUCCUGUGUAAGUACAGUAUAAAAAUACAUAUACACUUGAUAUCAAUACGAUACAAAUUUGUUGUCUGUUAAAUUAAUGCUUGAUAAUAAGGCACACACAGGUACAGGCAACGGAGAAUUUUCAGAUUUUACACAGUGUGAUAAGGUAUUUUUUUAUCUAUCCUUAACCNCCUCACACUUGGUCAAAAUAAUAUUAUUAUUUAUAUGGCUGUCUUGACAAGCAAAUUCUGUCUUCUGAUUGGCUACUGGAGCAGACUAUAUGGACCUUGUAUCUUGGUUGCUCAGGAUAACCUUCAUAGUUACGUAUAGUUUCUGCCAAAAAAAUGUUCUCUAGCAAUUUUGUUGCCUUUUUGACAUUGUAACUUAUAAUGUUGUUCUACUAUCCAGGAAACUGUAGAGGUAGAAAAACAAGAAGAACCUUCUCGUCCUGUGUAAGUACAGUAUAAAAAUACAUAUACACUUGAUAUCAAUACGAUACAAAUUUGUUGUCUGUUAAAUUAAUGCUUGAUAAUAAGGCACACACAGGUACAGGCAACGGAGAAUUUUCAGAUUUUACACAGUGUGAUAAGGUAUUUUUUUAUCUAUCCUUAACCGUAAAUAUUAGUUGAAUGCUCAAUGUCAGAAGGCCAAUGUACUCAUAAGUGAAAUAAAUAAAUAAAUAAAAUGUAAACAAAUAAAGAUUUGGAGGUACCGCAUCCACCAAGUGGUUCUUUGUGUACCUGGUUCCUGGUCAAAUUGGAAUUGGUUUUUGAGGAGGGGGGAAAACCGGAAUACCCAGAGAAAAACCUCUCGGAGCAGGGGAGAGAACCAAAAACAAACUCAACCCACAUAUGGAGACAACGUCGGGAGUUGAACCCAGACCACACUGGUGGGAGGUGAGUGCUCUCACCAUUGCGCCAUCCAUGCCCACCAAAGUUUGGCAUAACAAAUAUUGCAGAAGGUUUUGUUCAGUGGUUCUCUUGUAUUACAAAUUUAUUAUUUCUUUUAUCUUGAAAGUUGUUUUAGGAUGUAUUUUCUUUUACUUGAAAUCCCCAUUAACUUGAGCAAGUUCGAUCUUCUGUUAAAAGAUAAAAGAUUUUUCAUUUGCGUUGCACUCAAACAAUAUAAAUCUUCUAAAGCACUCAAAACAAAAAAAAAAACUGGCAAACAUGAGCAUAUGACAAAAAGUACACCCAGAGAAAAUGAAAAUAAAACACUGCAAUCAUUUGACAACAAAAUUAUAUACUGUGCAAGAAAUGAUUCAUUGGACAAAUGCCAAAUGAAAUCAAACAGUCUUUAGAGCCUACUUAAAACCCUGAACAUUCCAUAUACUUCUGAUAGCUACAGGUACAGGAAGAAUGUUCCACAGUGAGGGGUUGACACAAGAGAAGGCCCUGUCCUGGAGGGUCUUCCUAACACUUAUGUUGUCACCACAGUGUGCAUAUUAGACUGUUCACAGUCUCCUAUUUUUUCCAUAACAUCAUGAAGGUCAGGCGUUUAUCGUUAUGGGCUGCCACCUUGAUUUUUAUUGUACUUAGGGUUUAGGCUUCAAGAUUUAUAGUGGUGGGGGGGGGGGGGAGAGAUGAGAGAAAUAGGGCAAGAAAAGGAAAGACAUCACUUCCUCUCACCCCGCUAAGUAGAGGUGAUGCCAAUACUCACCCCCAGGCUAGAAUGGGUAUAUUUGAAAUGAAGAUGGCUGCUCAUAAGCCACUUGAUCCCAAUGAUCUUAUGGAAUAAAGAAGACUGUCAACAGUCUUUGUUCAUGUAUUAGCAUUACACUGCUCAUUUUGAAAGCUUUUCUGAGAGUAUUUCUAUUUUUUUGUUUUCUCAUUUCCCAGUAAAAGGGUACCUGUCACACCUCCAGAAAAGAAGCCUGGUGAAGUAAAACUGACAGAUGAACAGGUGAAUGCAUUAUUUCCCGUUAUUUGACCCUUUAGCCAAUGAUUAUAAUGUGGCUAGUUUGUGUGCCUUGUAUAUUUUAAUUUAACCUCUGAAAAAUGCCUUCAUACAGUAUAGAUGAAUUGAUGGGUCUAAAGUACAGGUCACAUUCCACAGGUUGAUAAAUUAUUUAGCCACACAGUUUCCCUUCAAUUUAAAAGACCAUUUUGUAAAGAGAUUAGGGAUAGGAGACACUUUUGGUGCUGUUUAUUUGUCUUUUAACUUUAGCUUGGUGACCUGUACUCUGAUCUGUGGAAUGUGGUGACCUGUAUUCACGUUUUUACCAGUCAACGGUUUGGUUUAUUUAACUGUAAGGUUUGGUACAACAGUGCAAUUACAAGAGCUGAUCACAGCUGAUCACCCAACCAGUUUCUAACCAUGCCCAGCAGAGCUUAACUUCAUUGGCAAAUCCAAGUUUCGCGAGGGUUUGCAAAACAUGUAUUAUUUUCUAGUAAAAUGAGUAAUUAAUUUUUUUAUACAGCUUUAAGUCACAGAUAACAAACUGUAAGGUUUGGUACAACAGUGCAAUUACAAGAGCUGAUCACAGCUGAUCACCCAACCAGUUUCUAACCAUGCCCAGCAGAGCUUAACUUCAUUGGCAAAUCCAAGUUUCGCGAGGGUUUGCAAAACAUGUAUUAUUUUCUAGUAAAAUGAGUAAUUAAUUUUUUUAUACAGCUUUAAGUCACAGAUAACAAACUGUAAGGUUUGGUACAACAGUGCAAUUACAAGAGCUGAUCACAGCUGAUCACCCAACCAGUUUCUAACCAUGCCCAGCAGAGCUUAACUUCAUUGGCAAAUCCAAGUUUCGCGAGGGUUUGCAAAACAUGUAUUAUUUUCUAGUAAAAUGAGUAAUUAAUUUUUUUAUACAGCUUUAAGUCACAGAUAACAAUUUUGGUUUCAUAAUAGAAAAAGGCUCAAAGACUGGCAAGAUUUGGUCAGUCUUCCCCAGGGACAGAAGCUGAUAAAAAACAGGCUCGAGCCCAGAGGUAUGUUAGUACAUGUAAAUCUGCUUAACCUUGGUGAAUGUGUGUGGCAGGAACAUGGUGAAGUUGAGUUCAGUGCAUGAUAGUGCAUGGCAAGGUGAAUUUUGUUAAAAGCGUUACUCAAUCAUACAGUAAAUGUGCCCUUUGACAAGAAACGUUUGGCUCUGCAAUGUUUUUCAUGACCCAGGUGUAAAAAGUGGUAGCAGUCACAAAAAAAUUAAUAUGCCCUAAAAUGAAGAGUCAUGAUAGCUUGGUCACAAGCAGCCAUAAAAGUUGUGUCUAUAACCAGGAUGAUCUUCUGUACGUAAUUUUACCUCAAGUUUAUACAGAUAGCUUUCAGUUGUUGCUUUUUUCAGGUUUGGGUUAUCCAGUCCUACAAGUAAUGGAUCCAAAAUUAGUUCUCCAAUUGUUUCACCAAAGGUAAUUGUCAUUAAGUACAGGCGCGGAUCCAGGGGAGGUGAAAUGGGUGAAUUUUCACCCCCCUUUUUCUGAGCCCCCUUCUUUCUUUUUUUUUCUUAUCCCUCAAAGUUGCUCUUGCAAAAGGUUCGUGUGGAGAACUGAAACCAUGGUCUUGCCUGAUCACAAACUGUGGCAAUAACAAAACAGUUUAAGGACUGUUAAGCUUACUCAAAGCUAUUACCAAGAGAGGAACUACGCGCUCCAGUCAAAAGACUCACACUAUCUUUAGAAAACACCAAGCUGGAGUUUACUGAGUCACAAUUCAAUUCUCCAUAGUAAAUUUAUGUAGCUACAGUUUAGGCUGCAGUUCACUCUUAUAAUUUUGGAUCUGUAAGUCACUAUCCGUGAUAAUUUAACAUUCUGCAAAGAAAACUGACGACCUGGGCCCAGCGUGAUACAGCAUUGCAGAAAAACAUUACACUCACGGACUAAAGAAAAUCGUUUAGUUAUUCAGAUCCAGAAGGCACCUUGGAGGAAAUUGGAACCCUUUUUCAGCCGCAAUAAAAAAGCUUUAUGCUUCAAAAGAGGUCAAAAAAAUGCGCUUGCAUCAGAGGGCAAAUCCUGCCGACCCGAAAACAAUAACUACAGUCAAUCGAUAUGUAUGUCACGACCUCUCAGUGUGAAACAUGCGGCUAAAAUCACAUUUGGUCAGUAUAAAUGCAGAACCUUCCAGAGCAUAAUCUACCCAGCAGAUAAAAACAAUUUUACUGGAAUAAGCAGCAUUUUGGCAUGAGGUAAAAGUCGUGUAGGCCUACCACCCCCUUUUAUUGCUAUUCAUCGGAAAUCAAUCAUGCUGAUGCACAGACCUCAAACACCUCAACCAGGCUGGAUCCGCGCCUGAAGUACCUGUUGUCACGAAAGAAUAGGCCCUUCACAACUCAGCAUGCUUCUUCUUUUGUAUUUCCUUGAAUAAUAGUAGGGGGCAAUUAUUACUUUUUUCGCACAGAAAGGGGGCAAUAGCUUUGUAUUUGAGGGAGGCGAUUAUUUGAAAUAUUUGAAGUCGUGCCCUUAAUAUUUUGUUUUAUUAUAUAGACACAAGUGUUUUACUGGAAAAUAUACCACUCGCAAAAUUCAUAAAAACUCCAUCUGGGACCCAAGUGGUUUAUUUUCCAUAAUAUCACAUUUGAGUUUAUCGAUAAGGAAAUUUCAGUAAUUUCCCUCAAUUUUUUUAGCGAUGUAUUUUUGUCCAUAUGAUAAAAAGAACAUUACACGGCGGCUUGAAGAUAUGAAUUUUAUUUUCUCAUGGCAAAAACAAAAUUUUACUCACUCGCUGUGCUCUUUUUAAAUUCAUAUCUUCGCGCCACCGUGUAAUAUCCUCUAUUUAUUAUCCCAUUAAAUCAUAAAAUGAUCACAUCAAAUAAACUGAACAUGGGUUUUUUGGGUGUUCCAAAUUUUGGUUCCUCGAUAAAUUUUCAAUGUCAAAUAUCCUCAGCAUCAGAGCUUGGAUCAUUACUGAUCAAUGUUCUGCUGAAUCAGAAACUUGACAGUGAGGGGAUAAAAGAUUGAGAAGAUGACGAGAGGGGUGGGGGGAGGCAAUAAAUUAUUAGAGGGAGGCAAUUAUUUUAAACAUUUCUGUCUAAGGGCAGCAAUUAUUCGAGGGAGGCAAUUAAUCGAGGGAUGGCUGUUAUUCAAGGAAAGAAGUUAUUUUGUCUUUCUAAUCCCAGGGCAUGGAUGUUGAAAAACUUAAGCAGAGAGCUGAGAGAUUUGGAGCAAUUUCUCCUGUGGUGACCAAGGUACUCAUAGCUCAAAUGAAACACUAUUUUUGUUGUUUACUAUUGGUUUUUUGCGUCUUGCGCAAAAACCUUUUAUACAUGAUGUAGUAAUCCCCAGCUAUAUAUAUAUAUUUUUUGAUUCACAGCUUGAAGAGAAAGAUAAAUUACUGAAGAGGAAACAAAGAUUUGGUGUCACUGUGUCUGCAUCUCCAUCAACAGAUGCCGAUGUAAGUUUUGUGUCGCUACGGCGACUAUGUCAUGCUAUUUUCUAUCAUUUUAGCUAAAAAUGAAAUGUGUCUGUACAUCAAUUGAAUUCCAAAACUGAUGUUACAGUUUUGUUAAGACCAUUAUUAUUUUAGAUAUUAAAACUGUUUCCUGUUGUCUGUUGCUAUGGAUUGCAAGGAUGGGCAUGGAUUUAAACUUGAAAAAAUUAGGCCAAGUUUUCAUACUACGCCUGCAAAAAUCACCAAAAAAGCAUAAAGUUGCUGCUCUCUGAUGAAAUUUGUCUGAUUUCUUCUUUAUAACUGUACAGAAUCAUUUUGUGUAUGAGUAAAUGCACUAAUUAAUGACUUCAGCACAGCAAUAUCCUCGUCACCUAGCCCCUUAAAGAGCUGUGUCACGAAAUUCUGCCAAAUUAGGACAUUACAAAAUGCCUGUUAAAUUAGGAGAAACAUAAAAAUAACUGCUUAAAACAUUAAAGGAAGGUUAAAAUAACACAAGAGAAACAACAGGUGCCAUGGAUGGGCAAAACUGAAGAAGAUUGAAACAGAUUGAAAUUAGGGUUUUUGAAAACUGUUCAGCCUAACAGUCUUUCAAAGUUGAUCCCUGCUGCUUGCAACUUCAAAAAUAACGCUCAGGAGACAUAUUUGUUUGUCUCGGAUCUCAGAUUUUGUCAUUUACAUGAAAUUUCUUUGCUUACUUUAACUUUCAUAGCGAUUGAGGGCGAGUAAUUGGCAAAAUUAAGCGAAAUGAACUGUACUGCUAUGACACAGCCCCUUUAAACAGUCAUUUAAACUCAUCUUGACAAUAGAUGAGCUUGGGGAAGGUGCCUGGUAAGAUGGUGGAGCCACUGAGUACAAGAGCCGACAAUUACGAUAACCUUGACAACCCUGUGAGUGACAACCACCAGGCACCGUCACACUGAAAAACAGCGGAACAAUAAUACUUACCUCAUGCUUACCACAGAGAAGUAGGGAGAGCAGGGAGUCAAUUUGUUGAGCGCAAACGAAAACAGGCAGAGCACACGUGAGAUUGAGUUGACGUGGACAACGUUGCUGUAAAACCACGUGACCCACUGCAGACCCCUUGACCACUCUGCAUGCUCGCGACAGGGGAGGCCGCCAAUCAGCGUUGUUUCGCGUUUAACUUAGGUUAAAGUAGACAAACAUGUUGUUACGUAACUAUUUUAUCUUAAACUCUCUGUAUUGUUGCUAAGAAACGUUUAUUCUCUGCUUAUUUCUAGGCCAAAAAGAAAAAGAGAGCUGAAAGAUUUGGGCUGUGA